AUGGCUAGAAAGAAGCUUAGGCAUACUAGAAUCUGUAGUGAAAGUGUGAGAAACUUCAUCCUAAAAAAAAGAGCAACAAGUUUGUUUAAGAAAGCAGAAGAGUUUUCUAUUUUUUGUGAUGUAGAAGUUGCUAUAAUUAUUUUUAGUGAAGGGGAAAUCCAACCCAUUGCUUAUCCAUCUAUAGGUCAUGCUAAGGCUGAGAGGCAUAAGAGGUUAGAUAAACAUGAAACAUAUCUUUUAGAAAAAGUUAAUGAGCAAGAAGAAAAAAUUAGCAAAGUUGAGAAAAUGAAUGAAGGGAAGGAAAUGGAUAUCCUCUUCAAUCAACUUGUGGAGGAAAAAAAUAUUAAUGAACUUGAUGCUAGACAACUUAAAGGUCUAUUAAAGUUGUCUUCUGCUAAGAUGGCUAAACUUAAUGAAAGAAAGAAACAAGUCAUUCAACCAUCUGAAUCUCCAUAUCGUCCCUCUGAUUUCAAGCUCAACAACAACAACAAUCCAGAUGUCGCCCCAGCAACAAGUUUAAUGGAUGAUUUGAUUAAUGAUCCGUGGUUUGUUGAGAAUAUGGCUGCUAACCAAAAUGAGUUUGGUACAGAUGAGUUUUGCACAGAGCCUGCACCAGAGGAAGGCAAUGACAACAAUGCUGGAGAUGAUGGAAAUCCUGAGGAUCUCAAUUGA